AUCAUCAUCAUCAACAUCAUCAUCUCCACAUGUUCCUUACAAUGUCUCUCCGAUUAACCCACUCUCGAAUCACACACACUCUCAUUCACAUCCGUACACUCUGUUCAUCAUCAUCUUCCCCAAACGAAACCCUAACCCUAACCCUAACCCCAACAAUCAAACCCUCACCAGACGCCGAUCGUCUCUCACAGAUCCUAAUCCACCACCACAACCCUUUCCACUCCAUGGAAUCCUCCCUCCAACUCAACGGCAUCACUCUCUCCCACUUUCUCGUUCACCAAACCCUAAUUCGCCUCAAACACACCUCCAAAAUCGCCUUUUCCUUCUUCCGUUGGGCCCAAACUCACCCCAAUUACACUCACACCACUUCCACUUACACCCUCAUCAUCGACAUAUUAGGUAAAGUUAAACAAUUCGACACCUGUUGGAAAUUAAUCACAGAAAUGGAUAGUAAAGGUAUAAACCCUAGUUUCACCACUUUUUACGUGUUAAUCCGUAGAUUAGUUUCCGCAGGUUUAACGAAACAAGCGGUUCGGGCUUUCGAUGAUAUCGGUUGUUUCGUUGACAAUGUGGUCAACGAUGAUGUUGACCAAGAACAAAUGGAGCAACAAGUUGAUGAUUUUUGUUAUUUGUUUGAUACAUUGUGUAAAUACGGGUACCCGAAAGUGGCGGCGGAGAUGUUUAAUAAGUGGAAAGGGUGGCGGUUUAAGCCGGAUGUGAAGAUGUACACGGUUUUGAUUAACGGGUGGUGGAAGGUUAAGAAUGGGAAGAUGGCGGAGCGGUUUUUUAACGAGAUGGUGGCGAGUGGGAUUGAGCCGAAUGUGGUUACGUAUAAUGUGGUUUUGAAUGGGAUGUGUCGGAGGGUUAGUUUGCAUCCGGAGGAAAGGUUUGAGAGGACGGUUGAACGUGCACGUAAGGUGUUUGAUGAAAUGGCUGAACGAGGGGUUCAGCCGGAUGUGACUAGUUAUUCGAUUUUGUUGCAUGUUUAUAGUCGCGCGCAUAAGCCUGACGGGACCCUCGAGAUAUUAAAGACGAUGAAGGACCGAGGUAUUCAUCCGUCACUAGUGUCGUAUACGUCGGUUGUUAAAUGUUUAUGUUCGUGUGGCCGAGUUGACAAUGCAUACCGGUUGCUCGAUGAAAUGGUGCAGAACGGGGUUACACCGUCUGCGACUACGUACAACUGUUUUUUUAAAGAGUAUAGGGGUAGGAAAGAUGUUGAGAGUGCAAUGAGAUUGUUUAAACAGAUGAAAAAGGAAUCGGUUUUGAUACCCGAUACGCACACGUAUAACAUACUUUUGGGGAUGUUUAUAAAGCUGGACCGAUUCGAUCUUGUUAAGGAGAUUUGGGAUGAUAUGAAGGGUAGCGGGUCGGGGCCAGAUUUGGAUUCGUACACGUUGUUGGUUCAUCAUUUGUGUGACCAGCAAAAGUGGCAAGAAGCGUGUGGAUAUUUUGUUGAAAUGAUUGAGAAAGGGAUUUUGCCGCAAAAGGCGACGUUUGAAACGUUAUACAGGGGUUUGAUACAGGCUGAUAUGUUAAGAACGUGGCGGAGAUUGAAGAAGAAGCUUGAUGAUGAAUUUGUGUCGUUUUCUUCGGAAUUUGAAAACUACCAUAUUAAACCUUAUAAAAGAUGAAAUGAUCAAUGCAGCUUGGGAUCUUGAAUGCAAAAAGACUUGGUUUUAGGUGAUAAAUAGUUGGUUAUUGUGUCUUCGAAGUAGUUAGCGAAUCACGCUUCAAGCGCGCGUGAUGCACGAGGCGACUGAGGCGGUGAUGAAGACGUCUUGGAGCGUCUCGCGCUUUUUGAAACCAAGGGUUGUAUACUUAUAUGACUUCAUUUUCUUAGUUUUAGUGCAGAUGCAGUAGGAAAAAGUCAAAUACAUGCAGAGAAAUGUUUGUUACCACUUGAUGCUAAAGUUUGGCCUCAUGAACAGUUAGGUGAUUCUUUUUCACAGAGCCACCACAUCAAGAAAUAUGUACCACAUAAGAGCAUCAGCAACACGGGUUUUUGGGAGGUCCGUGAGCUGACGUGGAAGAGAGACGGUCAAGGUCCGUGGGCUUUUUUUCGGGCAGGUUUGACAGUGUCCGCGCCUGUCGUACCGGUCCCUACUGCAUAUGCUCUAUCUGUGACAUCAAUAAAUAAUUUUCUUUAUUUGUUUUAUUGAUUGUUUUAAAGUUGUAUACAACAUAUCCGUAUUUCUAUGUGUCAUCAAAUGAGAUUAAGUUAAGCAACAUUUCUAAUCA